CUACUUAAGACGAAACGAGAAUACACCAGACAUAUUCCUCCUGAUCCUGUCAUCUCUACACUACUCAAGGCAACCCUUCAAUAAUCACAACAUAACAUCAUGCGCGUUCUUGUGAUUGGCGGAAGUGGACGGUGUGGAAAGCUCGUCAUCGACGACCUGCUGAGUCGCGGCCACCAAGUUACCACGUUGGCCCGCAAGCCCGAAUCACUGGGUGGAGCUCGUGCCGGGCUAAAAGUCGUCCAAGGAACCCCCACCGAACUGGAGGAUGUCCGUGCCGCGUUCCAAGCCGACAUACCAGAUGUGGUAAUUGUGACACUCAACGCCCCACGGGCCAGCGACAGCCCCUUUGCGGCGCCAAUCUCACCUCCUCGACUGAUGACGGACUGCAACAACAAUGUGCUGGCAGCGAUGAAGGAGUUUGGAGUACGCAAAACGGUCAUCCUGCAGGCGUUUGGCGUUGGGGAAUCGUGGGACAACAUGCACUGCGUGCUGCGGCUGCUGAUGAAGAAGUCCAACAUGUCGUAUCAGUAUGACGAUCACAACGCGACGGCCAAGGCAGUGCAGGCCAGUGGACUGGACUAUGUGAUGGUGCGACCGUCGCGGCUGGUGGAGACGCCCGAUGCCAACCAGCCGGUCAAAGUGUGGCCGGAUCAUGGCAAGGGAGUGCCCAUGAUGGCCAGCACCAGUCGGAUCACGGUGGCCCGCUGGUUGGUGGAUGCUGCUGAGACCAACAAAUGGGAUAACACGGCACCAGUGAUCACCAACUAG